AUGGCAGCUGAUCAGCAUCGAGAAGUGCCCCAGACCGAGCAGCCCAAGGAAGAUGUACCGGCAUCUCCAAUAGGGAAUGAACUCCACCAAAUACUGUCCAAUGCUUCAGUGUACGAUCUACACCCCAUUGAACUAACGGCUCACACGUUACUUAGUGGAUCCCUCGACCAUCUAAACGAAAACUUCAAGAAUCUUAACCAAUCGCAGGUUAUUCUAUACACACGUCUUCGUCUAAUUGAGGAUCGGCUCAAACUGUACUAUACCGUGAUCGAGCAGAACCAAGCGGAACCAGACGAGCUUAAAGAGGUCGUGCUGAGAAUUAAGUCACUAAAGAAGAGGCUACUUUCAUCGGUGAAGACGUUAAAGAAGGUGGAGGUGAGAGUGGAAAGAAUGGAAGAGCUCAUAGACUAG